AUGGCAAACCAAGGACCAUUGUUUGAAAACGGCAAUGUAUUUGCUUGGUAUGGAGCGAAGUCAAAGGUUGUGGGAGACAUGACCUUUCAAGAGACACCAAGCGAUCUAUUUAACAGUCGUAAGUACAAACUUGUACUGGUAUUUCAAUCACAGGCCACAAAAUAAAACUGUCGUACUUGGCACCUGAACUGUGCCGGUCUUUCUUCGAAAUGUCGACCUGUUUUAAGGCUUGUUUACACUAUCAAAGUUUCUGUGAUCACAGUAGGAAUUUUGCAUAGAUUAAUAGAUGAUUCCCUUAUUACGUUCUCGUAGCGCUUUGCAUUGUGGUUAUAGGUAUCACUGAUAAAGAUAGCGGCCUCGAAUGAAAAUAUUGAAUGUUUUCGCGAAUAUUUUGCCUUUGGCUAUCGUAAACCUGACCCUAGCUUUUUUAAAAGUUCUUGCACGGGUCAGGACAAAAAAUAAGCCAUCAUGAAUAUCAGGGAUACCACUAUUACCACAAUGCAAAGCGCAACGAAAACGUAAUGAGGGCAAUCAUCUAUUCUAAGUUUUGAAGGAUUUGUACGAAAUGUUUGGGGAAACGCACUCAAGUCUUUACAACGCAAAAUUCCACAGAAACUUUGAUAGUGUAAACCAGGCUUUCAGGUAAACACAAACCGUAGUAGCUUAUUGCAACAGUGUAAGGCUGAAAGUCGGUCUGAUGAAUUUUGAGACUAAACUAACUUUAGGACCACUGAGAGAAUACAAAACUUUGGGAAUAGUGUUACCCUCACUAACCUCCCGACGAGGGAGCUUUGUGUUUCAUCCUUACCAACGAAACGCGUUACACUCAUAAAGGAAAGUAAAAUUUAAUUGAUUGAUAUAUGUUAUAGCUCUAACAGUUCUGAACUGUUCUUUCUAGGCCAGCCCUUUAAUAACCCAGGGUCGGAAAAUCCCAGAGUACCCAGAAUAAAAUUACGUAGUCUGGCAAAGUCAAACUGGAUGCACUGCUGUCACAUGGGGUGAUAUUAUCAUCAGUCAACUGCACAAUCUCGUUCCCCGAGCCUGCGAUCCUCGGGAAGGAACGCGAGGCUCUGGGAUAAUCCGUUGCCGGAAGCCAGGAAUCCUGGCUAAGAUUGAACUACGCAUUCCAUUUCAACGGCCAAUCAGAUUCCUCCCUGAAACGGAUUAUCCCAGAGCCUCGCGUUCCUUCCCGAGGAUCGCAGGCUGACAACGAGAUUGACAACUGCAUAAUGCAGGAAUGAAACCAACCUCGUCCCCAGGGUCUUCCUACUAAAUAGGGAAGAGCCUGGGAACGAGGUUGGAAUUGGUUGGAAUGAAACAUCAUAUCACAGAAGUGAAAGACAUAUACACCACCACUGAACUAUAAUAUAACAUACGUGUAUAUAGUUCACUGUACACCACAGAGACCAGGCUCUAUUUACCCGCGCCCGCCUGUGAAGGAAGUGACAGGCGGGCGGGCGCGGGUAAAUAGAGCCUGCGUCUCCUGUCCUUAUGGGCGCUUUCCAUUUAAUGGCAUGACCGGCCAGAUCCGAAUUAUUUUCUCUGUAUUAAUGGAGCAUCUGGUCUAUAUUUCUCAAAUAUCUAGAGAAAAUGGACCUCAUUAGAAUGUUAUCUAAAUUUUCCGGUCAGAUAUCUAUCUAUCCAUCUUCUAAGCGCAAUGUUUUGUGUUCCAAUAAAAAAUUUGACCGUUCUGACCCGUGUUAAUGGAAAGCACCCAUAGACCCAACCACCACCCAGUAUGAAAAGUCACCCAAACUCUUUUUUUCAUAGGAGCAAUUGCAGACUACCAGAUCAGUUUUCCCACAGCUUCAACAUCGAAUUACGCGCGGAUCUACGACGUUUCCCCCAACGAUAUAACGACUGUGUCUGCUUGCUUUUGGACUAAAUUCCUCAGAUACUCAGCUGGAAUACUUGCAUAUUCGUCCACCGAGUACGAGGACGAGCUUGCGAUUUAUUUUUAUAGCACUUACAAAUUCGCAGUUAUUGUCAGAGGGAUAUAUUCUUAUACCACGUGAGUACUUUCAAAGUUGGAGGGAUACACCCUGUCAAUAUUUUACACAUCUUUGCGUUCAGCUUAUUACUAAGGUAUUCAAAUUCUAACAAUACGUUAUUUCAAUAGUUUGUUUUUUUGGGACACCUUGUAUAUAAAUACAUAUAUAGGGAAACCAAAUGAAACGUGUAAAAAAUUUAAAGUUUAAAUACAAUAUGCAGUAAAAGUCAUAUCAUUCAUGAAUUUUAUAUGUGCACGUCGACCCUUCGAAUAAAAGGCGUGCUAUGUCUGUGUGUUUUUGAGGACUGUCUUGGAAAGCCUUUAAAGCACUAUGGCUUUGAAUUUUUGUUUUUCUCGUAGACCGGUGGUUCGUACAGGCAGAUGGCAUUUCUUCUGCAUACAAUGGCGCAGUUCAGAUGGUUUAGUCAAGAGCUAUAAAGACGGUGUGGAACUACAUAGCACAACUAUCGCAGUUGGCGAGGUUAUUCCCGCAAACGGUGCCAUCGUGCUGGGGCAAGAGGUUGAUAGUUUUGCCGGGGGGUUUAGCAGUUCACAGGCAAUGGAGGGGGAGUUGGCCGGUUUAAAUUUCUGGACAGAUUUCUUAACAGCCAACGAGAUCUCAGGAAUGGCCUCAGGAGUUAUCAAUGUGAACGGCAAUUUACUUCAAUGGAGAGAUUUCAGGGACCACAUUUAUGGUGCUGUAACUAUAAACGAAAACUCUGAUUUUGACUUGCCAGGUAUGUUUAUGGUCAGGGGUUUGUGUAUAGUUUGGCUUAUUUAAAGUUCUGUGCAUAUGAUUGCGAGUAACAGAGAUAUCUUGUGAUAUAUUAAUGCCACUAACCCGACAUAACAUUUUUGGUAUGUGUAAUUUUUCUUGGUAGAAAUGUAAUAUAUCUUUGAAGAAUAAAACCAUAAUCUUGAUCAACUUUUCACUGUCAAAGUUUCCAGAUUUGAUGUCAUUUUGCAAAUUAGUUUUCUUUUACUUUUUCACUCGGAGAAUUCACCCGAUGACAUCAUAUCUGGAAACUUUGACAGUGAAAAAGUUGAUCAAGAGGAGACUUCUGACUUAUAAAAGAUUUGUUACAUGUCUUCUUAGAAUGACCCAAAUAUGCAAUCCAUUCAAAUUACGAAAAGUACGAGCGAAGGCCCUCUAAGCCAGGAAAUUGUAGUUGUUGCUAUUAACCACGUGACAAGGGAUAUUCCCUUGAAAUGCUUUGCAGGUAGUUCUGACACAAAUGAAUCACAGUAACAUUAGAUGUAAUUCUAUUUCAUUUCUUUCCCAGCAUACCGAGUGCAGAAACUACGAGAUGACUAUUGCGAGGAAAACUAUCCUGGAACGUACGCAAGAUUUAUCCGCAAUCAAGCAACAUCAUAUCUUUGGAGAUGCAUACGACCCUCGUCCAUGUUGGAUGAGAAUAUGGUUUAUGAUAUUAUUGGGAAUUCUCCGUCAUACUUUUCAAGAACGACACAGCUCUUGGCCAUAACUUAA